AUGUUGAAGUUUUCUGUGAUUAAAGUUACAAAACGUCAAUACAACUCGGUUUGCAUUUGGACACAGUUUAAUGACCACAAAGGAAAACAUUGCAGACAACUUUUUGUUCAAUUUUCUCUUCCAAGUUCCAGUCAUAUACAUAUUAAAUCAAGUAAUCCAGAUGUUGUAGCUUUCCAAGAAGUAAGAUGUGGCGAUAGCGAGAAUGAGAAUCAGAUAUUAGAAUUGCAGAAAUUAUUACCUGCAUAUAAGUGGGCAUUUUUCAAAUGCUCUAAUAAGGUCCAAAAGAUAAAGCACUCCAUCAAGAAAGGAUAUAAUAAAGAAGGAAUUGGAAUAUUAAGCAAACUUGAAGUUUUAAAUGCUAAAGCAGUAGAACUACCUUAUACAUAUGGACCAGAUACAAAUAAAAGGCUCCUAAUACAUGUAAAGUUACUACAGGAGAACCAUGUUGUCAAUAUCAUCAAUGUUCAUUUCUCAUAUGAUAGACAGCAACAGUGUGGAAAUGCUGCAGCUCUGUUAGACUAUGUUUUUACUAAAAGAUUGAAAAAUGUGGUACUGUUGGGAGAUUUCAAUACUUACAAUGAUUUUGAGGCUCCAAUGGAUUUAAUAACAUUUAAACCUGGACAUGCAAUGAUGCAUUGUAAACAGGAACUCAAACUAAUUGGCAACAGAUAUGUAAAUUUUGAUGAUUCCUGGCAGAAGUUGCAUGGCAAGGACCAUACUGGUUUGACUUUUAGCAAUAUGCCAUUUCCAGGAUUAGAGAGUCGUCCAGACAGAAUACUAGUGAACUCUGAAACAGAUGUGAUAUCUACUAGUUUAUCAGGACAUGGAACAAAUUACAAAAGGCAAUACAGCUCAAGUAUUGUAUUUUCUCGGUUUCAGACUGUAUUGAAACAAGCAGCAUUAUCAUACCAUUCUAUCUCCGGAUUUUCCUGUUUUCAUGACUGUGGUCCACAUGGCUCUUGUCGGUGUGGUGUGUGUGUUGCAGAUGGAAAUGACAAAACAUGCCAUUUACCAAAUUGUAUAGAAUGCAAUGCAGAUAUUUACAACAAUUACAUCAUGAUGACAUGCAUUGCAAUGUUUGUACUAGUUCAUGUUUUCUUUGCAGUUUUAAGUAUUCUUAUAACAGCUGCAAAUUUCAAAGGAGAGACUAUUUUCUCAUUGUUAGGUUUCAAAUGUUGCUUGUGCAAUCCUGAUCUUUAUAAAAAGCCAAUAUUAUUAUCAAGACAAUCAAAAUUUAUUAAAGUCUGUCACAAGUGGCCUCUGUUUAGAAUACCACCAUGUUACUUAUUAUUAGUCAGUAGUGUUUCUUUUGUUUUUGUUUUAAUUUUAAUGAAAUAUCAUUUUAGUGAUAUGAUGAAAACUGUAAAUAAUAUUUUAGACGAAGAGUAUUUUCCAUCAGAUCAUUUGAUGUUAUCUGUCACAUUAAAAUAUACAAAUAGUUAA